UAAAUCACAAGCUUGUCAAAUGAUGAUGAGAACUGUAUAUUAACUAGAGGAGAAGAAAUGAGGCAUCAAAAUCAUCACUGCUCCCUCUCCUAGAAACCAAACCAUCUCUAGGUAAUAAAUGUCAGGGAAACUUGCCCCCUUGGUAGGACACAAGGCAUAGGAUCAAGGGAAUUAAAGAGGGCGGUAGAGAAAGUGAGCUUACACAUAAUCCAAAACAUACAUGUGUUCAUAAAAGCAUGAGACUUGACAGAGGUGACACUGAAGGCUGAGUAUAUAUUUUCUUUUAAUGUGACGUAUAAAAAUGGACGUGCUGCUCAAAUGCAAGAAGAGACACAAGGCUUCACUGGAAAAGUAGGACCAGUAAUUCUUUGAAAAGUAACAGUGCUCUUUGAGGGUAAUCAUAAAGCCACACAUUUUUAACCGUUUCACAGCUCUGUCUAACAGACAGGGUUCCUUUCAGGUUCCCAAAUCACAUUAUAGAUCUCAAUCUCAGAAGUUUCCAUCCACAGUCUACCUCCAUGUCAGUGGCCCCAGUACCAGUUGCAACAUCUGCCAAGGAGGAAACCUCUGCCAGCGGGGAUUCCCCAGAAGUGGAAUGCCCCGUGUGUUACCAGGAAUAUGAUAAAGAUCGCAAGCUCCCACGUAUGCUGGAAUGCCUCCAUGUCUUCUGCACAGAAUGCCUUCAUAAUAUCCAGCUGUCCCCUGUCCACCCACCCGAUCCCAACAGCCCUCCUUCCAUCUCCUGUCCCUUGUGCCGCCACUCCACCCCACUAGAAGGUGGCGAUGCACACUCCCUCCCGUGCAACUCCCGUAUCCUCGCUCAGCUACCUCCUGUAACUUUUCGCCUGCCUGUGUCAGUCUCAACCCGGCUGGCUACUGUCACUCAGAGAGUGAUCCUGUCUCUGGAGUCACGGGAUGCUCGGUUUAUUAUUUUACCCACAGUCAGCCUACGGGUGGAGCAGAUGGGCGAGGGCACAAGCACGCCUGAGUCCAUAGCAAGUACAGUGGAGGGGCUGAGGAGGAGAAAGAGCCUGAUGUGUGUCCAGAUGUUGGUUGUGAUAUUCUGGAUGCUUUUUGUCCUGGCCUGCGUGGUGGGAGUGCUGUUCGGCCCUAAUUUGUUCCACCACUGAAAGACAGAACAAUCACAGAAUUCGUCUAUCAUAUGUAAUUUAAUGCAAAAUUAGCAAAAUAAUUCAGUUAAGCAUACAAAACCUCAAAAUCUACUGUAUAGCAUCGUAUUGUGUUUUUUAUUUCUUAAUAAAUUUGACAUGUUUUGAUUUAGCAUACAGUGUGACCACUAAUUACUACCUUCACUUUUGUAGCCUUAGUUCCAUUGCCAUAAUCUCUUAAUCCAUAUACUGUGUAGUGGCUGUCUAAAUAUCAAAAUAAACUGGAAAAUCAAA